UUACUUGAUAGAUACACAGUGCAGUUUCUGUCAAGCCUGUUCGAGUGGUUUCACUUCGUUUAAAGGGGACACAGUAGCCAAAGGAGAUGAGUCUCUUGGAGACACAGAACACAGUUUCUUACAGUAUCAGCAUUGCUUAAUCUAGAAAAUGAAUAUCUGACCCUUGAAUUAUUCCGCUGGGUAACUUUAUUUGAUUAUUAUCUGGGAUAUAAUUGCACAGCACGUGAUACUGGACACCUUGCAUCUCAACUAAAUCACUAAACCGUCUCGCUCCCAUUGUAUUGCGCUAUCAGUGGUGGACCUGGAUAACCUUUGCACUGGAGUUAAUUGAUGUCUCUAUAAAUGCUUCCUGUUAUGUUUUACUGUUAUGAUUUGUAUUGCUUGGAGAAAUAAUUUUCUGGUGUUAAUAUAUCACUUUUAUUUUUGAACUGGGGUGGUGUUAUAUGUUGCCACUCUAUAUCUAUUGUCUUUAUUUUUUUGGACCCUGAAUUCAUUGUAUUAACUGACAAAGAUUCUUCAAAAAAAGUUUUCUAGAUACCCUCAGCCAUGCGGACUCCGGUAGUAAUGAUUAUUGGCAUGGUUUUUGCCCCCUGUGGGCUGGUGCUAAACCUUACAUCUACUGUUGCCCCAAACUGGCGUGUGCUUAGUCAGCUUACAGGGAAGCCUUCAGAUGCUGUCCUCAAUCAGGGUAUCUGGGAUAUUUGCCAACAGAAUGUGGUCAGUAACAGUCUCAGCUGUGGACAGCAAGAUACUAAUAACUACUUCAGCCUCCAAGUGGUGCAGAUUGCCAGAGGACUAAUGAUCUCCUCUCUAGUGGUCACAGCACUGGGCAUUGUGGUGGCCUCACUUGGUGUCCGCUGUUGGCAAGAUGUGCCCCAUUACCUAUUGUCUGGUUUAGGGGGGCUGAUCAUCUUAAUUUCUGGGGUGUUAAGCCUCAUUGCUAUAUCCUGGUACAAUAACAAGAUGUACAGCCUGUUUGAUUCUGAGAAGGACUUGACUAUCCAAGUGGGGUAUUCCUUGGUGCUAGGUUAUCUAGGCAGCUGCUUAGAGAUCCUUGGAGGAUUUUCACUGGCACUCAGUUUGGUCCACUGCUGCCAAAAAUGGAGUGAAAAUAAAGGAACAUCCUCUGCUAAAUAUUACAGCAAGAAGGCUUCUUCCAUACAGAUGGCCAACAAACCCUCUUCUGCCUAUCCUAGCACUGUCUACAACAUUAGGGAUCAUGCCUCUCAUUUGGACCAUUCAUCUACAAACAUGGGUUACAGUAUUGGGAAUGACAAUUACAGACAUGGAAAUGGUAGUAGAUAUGCCCAUUCUAGCCCAAGAUCCUACACAAACCCAAUGGAUGUGACUGAGGGAGAGAGAUCUAGAGGAAGACCUGAAAGCCAACUUAGCUCACUCCCCUGUGACUCAGACCUUCUUUAAUUUUCUAUAGUGCUACAUUUUCUUGUUUGGGGGUUGCUGCCAAAACUAAGUUGCACAUAUAUAAGAUGAGACUUCAUUUGAUAUUCAAAAAAUAGGAUUAUCAACAUCAAAGUUUGGUAAACUGCAUAGUGUAUAUGAAGAACCAAUGAAGAAUAAUCCUAAUUGUAUUGUUGUAAAAGACUGUUUUAUGAGACUCCGGAGAGAUCUUUUAAUAGAAAGAUCUUAUAAUGAAGGAUAAUGUUUUUAUGUUUGCAUAAUCAUGUGAUAGGAGAAUUUAGGAGGUAGUAGCUACAAUUUGACCAAUUAAAUGGCAGGGAUGGUUACAAAACAUUGCUUUGGUAGUGGGUUGCAGCUUUCUAUAGCACACAAGUAGGUAUACAGUAAAUAAGUACACAAGUCUUGUUUUAUACGUGUAAUUUUGUUUUCCUGCUGUUUUGCAUAUUAUUUAAAAAUAGAUCACUGUGAGCCUUGGGGCAUUACACAUUGGCAAAUGUAAUAAUUAUGUGAAUCCUUUUUAGCUCUGUCCAUAUUUGUGUGCGUGCCAAUAAACAGGCACACCUUAGUUUGGUUCAGUUAGUAACUUCUCUUGUUAAAUGCAGUUUGUACUUACCUCUGAAGACAAUUGUAGUUUGCACUGUAUUAUGACAAAUAGCUAUAAAGGUCACAUAGUUUAACAAGAGGAUAGGGUGUACCUACCACAAUCUUAUUGUAUUUUUAUUUUCUUUAAAUCUCACUAUUCUAAAGAAAACCCAUUCCUAAUCUCAUCCAUGCAUAAAGCAUCACAAAAACCCAUGAUUUACAAUGAAAUGGAUAGUAAAAUCGAAAUAAAAUUUUCCUAAUUCAGAGAAAGCAUGCAAUUUUAAAAAACUUUCUAAUUAAUCUCUGUUAUCUAAUUUGCAGCAUUCUCUUGGCAUCCUUUGUUGAAAAGCAUACCUAGGUAGGCGCAGGAGCAGCAAUGCACUAUUGAGAGCUAGUAACUGAUUGGUGGCUGUGCCCAUAUCCCUCUUGUCAUUGGCUCACCUGAUUGCUGCGUCUUCAACAAAGGAUACCAAUAGAAUGAAGCAAAUUAGAUAAAUAGGUAGAUUGGACAGAUAAAUGUGAAUCUUUUGCGAUCUUUUGAAGCCAUCUUUAGCACAAAAGAGGUAAACUCUAACCAGUGUUAUUGUGAUCAGUGCUGACAUAUUUAGGACGUGCUACUAGAAAUAUGCUACGCUGUUUUGGUUUUAAACAGAUUCCUUUAUUUUACUAUGUGUUUAACACUUUCAGAGGAAAAUCACCUUUCUGCCCCACAUGAGGAUAUGGAUAGUGAUUUGAGCAUACUCAUGUAUGCCUGCUCCUCUUUGGCUUAUCAGCUGUAUCCUCAUUUGCAGUGGCACAUGAGUACAUUCUUGCAGUGGGUUAACCCUUUUAUGAUAGGGUUACUUUGUCUACAUCAGAUCAAUAUUCCGAUGUAAACAAAUUGAAAUCCCGCGAUCAUGCACGCGAUCACGAGAUUUCAAUGAUGGGAUCGGGUCAGGGGGGCGUCCCUAUGAUGCAAGGCACGCCCUCCAGACCGUGAUUGCAUCCUGGAAGUGCCAUUGACUUCAGGACAGCCAAACGGCUAGGACGGAAUAGAAUGUCAGAACGGCGUUAAAAGGUUAAACACAUAGUAAAAGAAAAUAAUUUGUUUACAAAUAAAAUGAUCAAAUAAAAUAUGACCUUUUUUUUAUACUGUCCUGUGCCUUUAAGUACUGCUUGAAGUCUUUAAUUGACAGGCCUGCUAUAGAAAGAGAAAAAUAGAAUCUGUGAGUGCCCAUCUGUAUGUCUGUAUUUACCAUAGUGAAACAAUGUGAAGAAAUAACUACGUCACUUUUUAAAAAACGAACUUGCUACUUUUUUGCACUGGUGAAAAAAAGUCUGUAGAAUAAUUUAUAUGAAUAUUACAUGACUUUUAUAAACGGAACUAUGAACAUGCAUAAUAUAAAAAAAAUAAAUCUUUUGCUCUGUAUAAAGGUUGCUAAACAAAAUAUUUUUUUGGAUAGACUGUGCAAUGGCGUUAUUUUGAUUAGUGAUUUUUAAAAAUAUAUAUAUAUUUUUAACUGCUAACUGUACAUUUUAUAUGGUCUUUUAUUAUAUUUUUGUGAUUUAAAUUCUGUACACAAUCAGAUUACUUACUUAUUUGCAUUUAUAGGCCACAGAUGUCCAAAGCAAUUUACACAGUGGAAGGGCUUCUAAAUAAUACAAAUCCACAAUGAGUUCUUGGCCUGAGGUAAAGAUUGGAGAAUUUAAGUUUAAAUCCAGACUUCCAAGCUAUGCCUUUAAGAUGCAGAUCUUGAAGUGCCUCAUAAAGAAAAUUUAUAUCUAUCUAUAUAUAUAUAUAUAUAUAGUAAACAACUAGGUUCUUGCACCUAGACCUGUCUGGGGUUAAUUGCCUGUGAUUCUGGUGACAGCACAGCUUCUUGUGAGUGGCAAGUGCCACUGAGCACCCAGGGCUGAGCAUGUUGCAGGAUCAGGGGAUGUGUACCCGUUCCGGUCUAGGAGUGCAGUCCCCUUCCGUGUUUUGUAUAUAUAUAUAUAUAUAUAUAUAUAUAUAUAUAUAUAUAUAUAUAUAUAUAUAUAUAUAUAUAGUAAACAACUAGUAUAAUAACAUUUUCUAGUUUAAAAAAAAAAAAGGAAAAAGUUGCUUUUAAAGCUUUGUGCAUACACUAUUUGGUAAAAAUUCUUGCCUUCUUCACCUACAUGGUACUGUGUUCAAGUAGAUUCUAAUCUAAUAUUUAUUGAGUUAUGCAGGUACCAGUUUAUUGCUGUACCCUUUAUGUUCUAGAUUAACACUUGGUUUGUCUGUGGCAUGUACCUGUCGCUAGUUCUGUGCCAAUAAUUGGUGUUUGUUUUCACUGGGAAUAUUAUUAUAAAUAAUUUGAAAUUACAAAAUGUGUUGAUGUCAUGUAUUAUAAAAGUGUUAGAUUUUAAAGCCACUAAAAUGUUUCUUUAAAGGGACAUGAAAUCCAAAAAAAAUGUUCUUUCAUGAUUCAGAUAGAGAAUACAAUUUUAAACAACUUUCCAAUUGACUUCUAUUAUUUAAUUUGCUUCCUUCUCUUGUUAUCUUUUGCUGAAAGCUUUAGGUAAGCUCAGGCGCAGCAAAGAACCUAGGUUCUAGCUGCUGAUUGGUAGCUGCAGAUAUACAACGAUUGUUAUUGGCUCACCCAUGUGUUCAGUUAGAAACCAGUAGUGCAUUGCUGCUCCUUCAACAAAUAAUACCAAGAGAAUGAAACAAAUUAGAUAAUAGAAGUAAAUUAGAAAGUUGUUUAAAAUCGUAUUCUCUAUCUGAAUCAUGACAUUAUUUUUUUUGUGUUUCAUGUCCCUUUAAGGCACUUCUGUAUCAUUACACUUUUGUGAUGUAUCCUUCUUACAACUUUGUAUGCUUAAAUAAACAGACAUGUUAUUCUGUC